GCUCAGUUGACAAGACGGUUUGCUUCCGGAGUAUGUGAUCAGGCCGUUUUUUCUGAGUUUUCAUAACACUUCUGUGGUACUACAGUUGUUACGAGAGUGAGAUAGUUGGACAACAAAAGUGUUUCUUUGCACAGAAUAUGAAGACAAUAAAGAAAGUCUCAGUUGUUGGUGUGGAGAAGAGGCGACAUCCAAGCAAACACUAUGUGUAUGUCAUCCAUGUCUCUUGGUCGGAGGGUGGUCAGUAUGUUAUCUACAGGAGAUACAGCCGUUUCUUUGAUCUUCAGGGCACUUUAUUGAACAAGUUCCCCAUUGAAGCUGGUACGAUGGAGCCAUCUCAGAGAAUAAUACCAAUCUUGCCAGGAAAGAUCUUGUUUGGACGGAGUCACAUCCGAGAGGUGGCCUUAAAACGGUUGAAACCUAUUGAUGAAUACUGUCAGAUACUAAUUGACCUUCCGGAACAAAUUUCUCAGUGUGAGGAUGUCUUUUCAUUUUUUGAGGUUGAAGAUGAAGACCUGGAGCCUCCAAAAGCUGAAGUGUAUGACCAAAAGAUUUUGUCAAAGGUCAACAAGAUCUCCAAACCUAAACAACUCCAGCAGUAUGUAGCUGUUGCAAAUUAUACAAAACAGGAGAUAGGAGAAAUUGAUCUUCAUGCGGGGAUGGUGAUGGAAGUUAUGGAACAAAGUGAAAGUGGGUGGUGGUUUGUCAGUACUGAAAAUCAGCAAGGCUGGGUACCAAGCACAUUCCUUCGAUCAAGUGGGGGUUUCAGAAAAGACUCAACAACAAGAGCUAAGCCCGGAGAAGAAUGGAAGUAUAUCUGUAUCGAACCAUUCCAAACUGAAAGAGAAGAUGAACUGUGUUUAGACCGAGGUUCUGUUGUUGAAGUUGUGGAGAAGAACCUUGUUGGCUGGUGGUUUGUCAGACAUCAAGUUUCGGAGGGAUGGGUCCCCGCUACAUAUCUCUGUAAAAUUAAAAACAACGGUCAAGUUGGUGAAGUGGAGAUUAAAGGUACAUCUUCAGACAUCAGCAAACCUCAACAGAAAGAAGACACAAGCUUAGCUAAUUCUUGGAAAGGUAGAGAUACUAUUGAGGAGACAUCACUUGGUACAAAACAAGGUAUCUUCAGCAAAGUGAAAAACACCAGAUCUUCAAAGAAGGGAGGUAGUCUCAGACCACCACCACGUCAAGACUCAUUUGAGAACAAGACCAUCAUGGUUUGUGAUAUCAACAUCCAAGAAAAACCAGAUAAUUACAUAACUGUGGUUGAUUUUCAAGAUCGUGUUGGGGAUGGCAUCAGUUUCAACGCAGGAAGGAUUGUUACUGUUCAUGAGAAAGCUGAAGGUGGUUGGUGGUAUGUUGAGAUAGAUGGGCACAAUGGAUGGGCGCCAUCAUCUUACAUAGAAAAGUCUUCUGUCAAGAUUGGUUCAGACUGUGCCGAUAAUCCUAGCGCCAAUGACAUUUUUGUACGAUCUUCAUCAUCAAAGAUAUCCCGAAAUUGUGACAAAGGAAUGUGA